CCGUGAGCUGCUGUAAGCUGCACGCGCUGGUAAAAGCGGUAGUAGAGAGCCGUUGUGGGCUAACAUGUACGGGUUAAUAUUUACACAUAGAAGUAGCACUGCCUUACACUGUCCUGUCUCUAAAUUUUUCAGCGCGCAGCUUCUAAGAAAUUCUUCGAAAAUGGCCUUGGACUCGCACUGGCUCACCUCUGCAGAAAGGGAGCAACUGGUGAUGGAGCUCAAGGCCACAGGAUGGAUUGAGGUGGAGGGCCGGGAUGCCCUUUAUAAAGAGCUGGGCUUCAAAACCUUCAAUCAGGCUUUUGGCUUUAUGUCUAGGGUUGCACUGGAAGCAGAAAAACUGAACCACCACCCUGAGUGGUUCAAUGUUUAUAAUAAGGUUCAGAUAACACUAACUACACAUGACUGUGGAGGGUUAUCAAAAAAAGACAUUAAACUUGCCAAGUUUAUUGACAAAGUAGCUCUUGCAAUGUAGUUUUAUAUUCACCUUGUUUAUCUGUAAUGGAUUAAAACUUGUACAGUAUGAUUCUUUUGUCAGUGACUUGAAGUCUCAGUCAUUAAAUGUACCUUGCAUAUAAAUGUGCUAGCUGUAAACAAGCUUUCUACUACAUUAUCAUUCUGUUACCUUGUUUGUCGUUAACAUUUGAGCUCUGUGGCGGUUGGAUUGUGUACAGCAGGGUGGACUGCAACCUGUGAAUGUGUGUAAAUGCUCAUAGAAUGAAAACAUGCCUGUAUCAGUCGAACAACACUAGAAAUGUUCACUCCUUGCUUAAACUGUAUGUUUAAGACACAAGUCUGGACCUGUGUGACACUCACUGCUGUACAUCACUUCUCACAGUCACAGAAUGGUUUUGCAAAUGUUUGCAUAGGCUCUAGCCCAAUUCCCAAAACCUGCAUUUUUGUCUUCACAUUCUGUGUAAUUAAAAUCAUGAUUGAUAGUUCUCACUUUUUAUUUAACAUUUCAAAAAUGUCUGUCUUGUUUUUAAAUAUUGUUUUUCUGGACAGAGAUUAAGUAUAGUCUUGACUAAAUUAUGGUCAUUAAUGCUUUGAAAUUACUUUUGGUUCAGAAUAGAUUUAAUCUGUGCACAGAAAAACCAGGUUAUAUCAAUUUUGAUGUCUAUAUUUAAUCAAGUCUUCAGUGAGAGACAUCUUUACUCCAGUUUGUGAAGCCCCCCUGUUUUAUGGGUCAGUUUAUAUGCCUACGCACAUUUUAUGUGCUAAAUUCUUAUUUGUUAGUGU